AUGAUGAAAACCUUCCCCCUUAAUUCGAGAGCACAGACCACGGCGUUGAAACAGCCGAAGGAAUUGUUUUCAUAUGCUCGUGAUAUAGAUGGAGCAUUCAUAUAUGACGAAUCCAAAGUGAAGGAGGAAAAUUUAUCCUACUACUACUUGCCAGACUCAUCCAUUGACAAGCAAAUCGAUUUAGGUGGUGGGUUCCAAAAUUUUAAGAAGAUACCCGAAGCAGAAAAUUUGGGAGACUUCCCCGGACUUCUUAAGGCUAUAAUUAACUAUGAGAAACGUGAAAAUUGUAGAGUAAAUGCAGACAUUAUAACGUUCAGAGGGUUAAUGACCAAGAUAUUGGCUCUACCGUACAACCUUAAAGAUCCCAUCGAUUUCAAUAUCGUCACCUACGAUGGGCAAAUUUUCAUCAAAAAUGAUGAAGAAAUUGAGUUGAGGAGAAGAACGGAACAAAAGCAAAGUAAUAAUAAUAGUAAUAGUAAUAACAAUAAUGGCUCAGACUAUCAAGAGAGAUGCGAGUUUUCAGGGUAUAAAUUCGAGACUAUAUCCACGUUACCAAGACCUUGGGCAGAUUGCUCCAGGCAAUUGAUUGAGAAGAGAAAUAAAAAAAUUGUAAAUAACUAUGAGCAGUAUAUUUCAGUAGUCAGGACCGGGAUCGGCAAAGUUAAGGUAUUGCUCGCAGGUGAAGUAGAUUGUAUAUGGGAUUUUAUUCCUGAAAACGGUGGAGAUGUCUUACCACACUAUGUUGAAUUAAAGACCAGUAGAAUUUUGGAGCAUCCAGGGCAGAUCGUAAAUUUCGAAAAAAAAUUGUUCAAAACCUGGGCCCAAUGCUUCCUAUUGGGAAUAAGGAAAGUGGUUUACGGGUUUAGAGAUGACAAUCUCAUAUUGAGAAGCGUAGAAGUGUACAAGACCGAGGAAAUUCCAUUAUUGAUUAAGAAUAAUCCUUUGACAGAAGCAAACAAAGAGAAAAUCGUUGCAAUGAAUGCAGUGAAGUGGUAUGGUGCAGUUUUGGAAUGGCUCACUAAAGAAGUCUCUCCCACAUCAAAUAACGGAGCCUGGAGAUUAAGUUUCGACCCUGGAUCAAGAUCAUUCAAUUUGUCGGAGUUGACAGAUGCGAAAAAGGUCAGAGAUGAGAUCAUUAGUGAAGAAUUCAAGGAAUGGAGAAGUGAGUUAAAGAGUAAGUUGGAGAAAUAA